CACAUCUUGGUACACCCGGCUCUGUGCGUUUAUUGCACUGCGAUAAAAAAAGAAAGGUGAAGAAGUGUUCUGUGGUGUGCAGUUUAGGCACGUAUUUACACAGCUGCUUUCCCGCUGGUGCGUCUAAACCUCCUCCGUCAUUGUGUGCGAGUGUGUGUUUGUUGCUAGUGUUUGUCGCCGACUUACAACAGGGGGCGCAGAUGAGAAUGGGUGCAUCAUUGUGUCAUCAACAACGCCAACUACAACUACUGCGGUGCGCAGUGCAGUGAAAGUUAGAAUUGAUAGCAAGGGAAAGAAAAGAACGAAGCAACAUCCUCGAAAAGGGUCGUUGAAACAUCGCCCGGAACUACGGGUUGAAUGAAAUACGCCACUUCGAAGUUACGCCAGCCUGCUAAGGUUCUCAGUAAUUAAGGUGCAGUGAAGAUAGGAGCAGGUGUAACCUAUAUAACUGUCAAAACGGUGGAAAACAGAGAAGAGAUCGGCGAACGUUUUUUUACGCUAUCCCCAAUCUCGGCAUUACGGCAUCCAAGUACGCCGGCAAGAAAGUGUAUGCUUGAUCGAAAAAAAGUAGGUUAUUCCGCCGUCGGAGUUGGGACUCCGAGAGCAUUGUGAUUAAUAACGUCGAUUUGCACCUGUCGUCUUUGUUAUUGGGGGGAUCCGAGAAAGCCGAUCUCAACAAAUACCGGACGUCUUACUGCAGAGCUCUGCAAAACGACGAUUAAGCGACCAGCGAGUUGGAGAAGAUCGUGUGUAAAUGGACUGAACAGAAGGGAAAGUGAAGACGAACGAACUGAUAGGGGGUCUAGAACAUUAUAAACGAUCGACCCAAUCUCAACGUACAGCAAAAUGCCAGUUGCAUUGAACGGAUCCGUGCCGUUGCCCUCGGUGCGCGUCUACACCAGCGUCACGGUGCUGCUGAUGUCGGCCUGCCUCUAUUACGCACUCAUCAUGACCAGUGACCCCAACUGGAGGCAACACACGAACAUGACGAGCACGACGGGGACGACCACAGCAGCAGCAACAGCAGCCACCAACACACCGACUGGUGUACCAUCACCCGGAGGACCGGCCGGUGUGCUGGACGGCGCGGUCGAGGGUGCUGGUGGCAAGCUGGAGGUGGGUGCCGGCACCGGUGCAUCCUUGCUGUCGGUGAAGGAAAUCGACACGCUCGAGGAAAAAAUCCUAGCCGCUGCGGACCUGUCCGAUCUGCGGCAAAUGCUGCGGGGAACCGAUGCGACCGAAGAGGACGACCCGCAGGAGGAAGGUGACGACGAACGGUGGUUGGUUGUGGGCAACGAUACGCGAACGCUCGGUGCGUACCUGAAGGAUACGGUAUCGUUCAUGGCGACAGAACCAUUCUGCAUUUGGACAUUAAUCAACACCGCAUACUGCUGCCUGAUACUGCUCGGCAAAUCGAUACAGAAGUUCGUCUUCGGUGAGCUGCGGAUAUCCGAACAGCAGCACAUGAAAGACAAAUUUUGGAACUUCAUCUUUUACAAAUUCAUCUUUGUGUUUGGCGUCGUUAAUGUGCAGUAUUUGUACGAGGUCAUACUGUGGGUGUCGUGGUUCUCGGCUCUUGGAUUCCUACACCUGCUGUCCCAGCUCAGCAAAGAUCGGUUCGAGUAUCUGUCCUUCUCGCCAACAACUCCAGGAUGGUCACACUUCCGGUUGAUCUCGCUGCUCGUUGCCAUCCUCACCCUGUCCGGACUGAUGGUGAUGAUCUCGAUCGGUGUCGGUGUAUUCUUCGGUGGCUUCAAUACGUUCGCGUUCAUGGCGGCGGAGUGCAUCUUACUGGGAAUACGCACGCUGCACGUAUUGAUACGGUACGGCAUGUUUUUGCAUGAUAUGCGUCAGGGUGGAAUCGCGAAUGAAUCCAUCUCGUGGGAUAAACGCGGUCCAGUAGCGUAUUACAUUGAGCUCUCGUUCGAGGUGGCUGCCUUGAUCGUGGAGUUGGUGCAUUAUCUGCACAUGAUGCUGUGGAGCAACAUUUUUCUGUCGAUGGCAAGUCUGGUGAUACUGAUGCAGCUGCGCUACCUGCUCAAUGAAAUCCAGCGCAAGAUCAAGAAGCAUCGUAACUAUCUGUGGGUGUUGAACCACAUGGAGAAGAGUUACCCACUGGCAACGAGCGACGAUUUGAAGCAGAACUCGGAUAACUGUGCUAUCUGUUGGGAGAAGAUGGAAACAGCAAGAAAGCUACCUUGUGCCCAUCUGUUCCAUAACUCCUGUCUACAGUCCUGGCUGGAACAGGACACCUCCUGUCCUACGUGUCGUUUGGGACUGAGCGUUCAUCAAAACGGUGGUCCACGGGGCAGUCCACUGAUACCGGAUGAUAUCCGUAUCGAUGAUCAGGACGGAGCAGUCGGUGGAGGUGGUGGUCGCACGGCCAACAAUCACUUCUUCCACUUCAACGGCUCACGUUACGUGUCCUGGUUGCCGAACUUCUCCGUCGAGGUGACACACAUCAACAAUAUGCUGCGUCCGUCGGAAACGCUUCCGAUCGCGGCAGCCGCUGUGGGUAAUCAUACGUCACAGGUGCGAAACAUGGCGCGUCACGUACAGGAGAUGUUCCCGCGAUAUCCGCUAUCCGUGCUGAUUGGUGAUCUACAGAUUUCGCGCUCGAUCGAGGUAACGAUCGACAAUAUCCUCGAGGGACGCCUGCAGGUUCCGGCGAACACUCCUGAAGAUGAUGACGAGGAGACGUUAGGGGUGGGAAGCGGUGUUGGUGGUACGGGUUCCAUUAGCAUGAGUAGUACGAUCGACGAGGACAAUGAUGAUGAUGAAUUGUCUGGGGAGCUCUCGCAUCGAUCACUUCCAAAUUCAUCUUCAGGAUCGUCCUUAUCAUCAUUGUCCUCUCCUCCCGGAUACGAGGUGGAACGUGGCACCAAUAUUUUCGGCAGUUACGAUACUCUCCUGCGUGAUGAUACUAUAGAGGAGACAACACCGACAACGACCAUCCCGCUUGGGGAUCGUUUCUCCAAAAGCCCUGAAGAGCGAGAAAAAAUUUUACAGCGUCGCAAGGAGCAACUACUUGCACUCGCUCGAAGAAGAUACUUGGAGAAGAAUAAAUCCGAGCUAAAUCAUCAACCGUCCACAUCCGCGAGUGGUUGUUCGUCUUCGUCCAGCGGUGUUAGACAUCGAAACAAAAGCUGUAUGGAAACGACUACGAGCACUAGCAGGGAAAGUCCUAGCGGCAGUGGAAGCAACCCGUCAACACUGAACCUGUCCUUAGCUUCGAGCCAUCAUCAACCGCGGCAAUCGACGGAACAGCUGGAUCAAGUGCAGCAGCAGGAGCAACAUUCAGAUAGCAGUUUUUAAAUCUAACCAGAGCAAAAACCCAUCCAUCCUUGAAAUCUUACGGAAGGCGUGAUAAAGACACAACAAUGUUCAGUUGUGACCAACACAAGUAUCUCCCUGGAGGGUGUGUUAGUGUAUGGUUGUAUUGUGGGGUACCGAAGUAUUUCGGAACUGCCAAUGCUCUUCACAUAAAACAAAACACCUGUGAGAAAAAUGAAAAGAACUGUUCCUUGUGGCGGCGGUGCUGUGAAGUUUUAAGUAUCAAUUAUGAAUUUUUAUAUCCUAAUUAGAUGAUUUUCUCGCGCAUCUUAUCUUUUAGCUUAAAUCUAUCAUAUAUAAUUUUAGUUCGUUAGUUUCAGUUGUCAGUCGUCGUACGCAGCACUAUCUGUUAUCUUCAAGUCAAGAAAAAUAUGAUAAAUGAAAAAUGGAUACAAAAUUAAGGACAAAAAUAAUAGAUCGGCAUGCAGAUCUUGUGUGAUUGUUUGGGGUUAACACGUUCAGCACCGUGUCAAAAAUCGCAACAAUCGUGGGGCCGCUGCCAACGCUUACUUGGCUUUUUGUAUAGCACAUCACCAAUUUUUGAGUGAUAGGUCCAGGUGGUAACCAUUGGCAUCACCCAAAAAUGGGUGAUGCGGCGCUGAACGUGUUAAUGUAGUAUUGAAUUUGAUUUCGAUUAUUGUCAGGAAAAGAGAUGGAAAAAGGAGUUGAUAUUUAGCCAAACUAAAAUAGAACAGAAAAUCAUCAAUGAUGAGCUUAGAUAAUUCGCCAAAAGAAGCAGAAGAGAAAGUGAUUUAAUGCCGCUGAUCGAAAGAUGCGAUAAGGUUACGCCAUGGACUUUACCUCCAGCAGAAUUUUCCCAGCUGCUUGAAGAAAGUAAGCAGAUGUAGAAAACAAAUGAACCUAAAAAACACAGUUGUGAUGAUAUUUAUUUUCUAGGAACAAACAAACAAACCAAUCAAUCGAUUUAGAAAAAAAAAUCAAAGAAGUGACACACAAAUCAGUCUGGUAGGUGCAGGUGGAUUCUUUUCGCAAACGCUACGCAAUUUAUGCGCGCCAUGUUUGGAACGUGCUCCAAACUGGAAAGGAUUUUCUCCGGAACCGAGGAUCGUUUGUUGUGCGUUGAUGGUAGUGGCGUUCGAUCGAUUGUGUGUAAGCGUAGUGUGUGAAACAGUUAAAUAAUGCGAAAAAUGAUAUGAAGAAGGAUUUCGUGCGCUGUCCAGCGCCGGUUCCGGCCGGGGUAUGCGUGUGUACGGCGGUGUGCAGUAGUCAAUAUUUGCAAGUAAAAUCAACACUUAGCAACUAAAACUGGAAAACAAAAACAAAACAGAAUAAUAAGCAAAAGCAAACAAUAAAGUAAUGU